AUGAAAUCAAAUCUCCGUAUGACCACUUUGGAUCUCGCUCCUUCGGCUGUGACAGCUACUUCUUCCAACAACUCGACCACAGAACCUCUCAUCUCGAAAGAAAUUGCCAUUGCCAUCGGAGUUGGCAGUUUUGCAGUCAUUUCAUUAGUGAUGGCUGUCAUUGUCAUUAUUGUGGUGAUUGUGGUAUUGAAAAAUCGAAAGAAUCGACACAAACGAUAUUAUAAAGGAUACAAGAGACAUUCCGAUUCGCCUAGUUCUGCAUCGUAUUAUGAUGCCAAAGAGGUACUGCCUGGAUAUUUACGAUAA